GUGUGUGUUUUAGUUACCUUUAUUCAUAGUACUCUACUUUGAUAUACCUGUUUGGUGAGUUCAGGUAAAAGAAAAAAAACCAUCUGACAAAAGAGAGGGCAUAUACAAAGCCAAGUACCACAUGCUUGUUGCUGCUGUCAAGGAAGUGAUGCUUCGCUGGGUUUUGUUUGCUUUGUUCUUUGGUGUCUGUGCCAGUGCCGGAGAACAGGAAAAGUCCUUGUCAAGAGGAUGGGGGGAUAGUAUUAGUUGGGUCCAAAGCUAUGAAGAAGGCCUGUCAAAGAUGGUCAAAAGUCAGAAGCCUCUGAUGGUCAUCCAUCAUCAAAUCGACUGCCCGUUCAGUCAAGAGCUGAAGAAGGCAUUUGUUGCUGCAAAGUCGAUCCAGAAAAUGGCCAAAGAGGAUUUCAUCAUGCUCAACUUGGUGGAAGAGACCGCAGACAAGAAUCUGGCCCCUGAUGGCUACUAUGUUCCCAGAAUCCUCUUUGUUGAUCCAUCUUUGGCUGUGCGCGCAGACAUUGCAGGAAAGUACGACAACCGCCACUACGUCUACGAGCCUAGUGACAUGGCACUAUUGGCCAAAAACAUGAAGAAAGCCAAAGUCCUGUUGCACUCUGAACUCUAACAUGGCUGACAUCUGACUUCUCUCCAUCCUGCAGUCAUGCUGGGCUAUCCUGCUCAGUGGUCAGCACUGAAAUCUGAAAUGUUUACAUGUUGAUCUGAGGUCAAUAAAAACAAUAGAAAUUAAUAGAAAGUAAA